GCAGUCCAGGUUCGUGCAGACAUGGCGCGCGAAGGAGUCACUCCGAGGACUGCGCUGGUCAACAACUUCGCUCUGACAACUGCGGAGCAAGUGAGGCAGUGGCCCCGUGGGCUUCACUUGCAUGCACGGGCGCAGCAGGCCGGAUUGGCGCCGGACGUCAACACCUUCGGCGUGCUGCUAGGGUGCCUCCAGGUCAAGUCGCAAUGGGUCCGCUCCGUCGGCUUCCUCCGAGAUCUUGUCCUGGCAAGGCUGUCUGCCAACGAGCUUCACCUCGGUGCGGCUGUUGGGGCAGCCGAGGCCUCUGUCGUCUGGCCCAUGGCAUCCAUGCUCCUUCAGAGGGCAAAGGGGAUGAGGUUGUACCUGGGUGAAGCGGCAUAUGGAGCUGCGCUGCAGGCGGCUGCGGCGGAUCCAGCUUCUUGGUUUGCUGCCUUAGCGCUGGCGGAGGACCUGGCAAAGUUCCGCCUGCUGCCCAUGAUGACUCUCCUUGCAUUUCGGCAUGAUGCUUUAGA